AUGGCAUCGAAUGCGGCGGUACCUUUCUGGAGAGCGGCGGGGAUGACGUACAUCACCUACUCCAACAUCUGCGCGAAUCUCGUCAGGAACUGUCUCAAGGAACCUUUCAAGGCUGAAUCCAUCAAUCGCGAGAAGGUUCACUUCUCCCUCUCCAAAUGGGCUGAUGGAAAAGCCCAGAAACCAGUUCUGCGCUCAGACCAACCUGAAGUUUAA